UUAACACUUCCGGAAUUCCUUUUCCGGGACGCGAACGCUUUGUGUGUGUUUGUGCGUGUGUGCGUGCAUGAGUCAAUACUAAAAGGAGUCCCUGCGAUUCUCCUCGCUCUCUUUUCUGCUACCACCUCCUUACUUUAUGGACCGGAAGAGUCCUUGAGCCAAAAUAGCUCGGCGGGUACUUCCGGGACGGGAGACCUGGGUUCCGGGAGGGUGCUGGAAGGAGAGGGAGAGGCGGCGGCGGCGGCGGCAGCUGGAGGAUGAAGAAGGAGCAUGUGCUGCACUGUCAGUUCUCCGCCUGGUAUCCACUGUUCCGAAGCCUUACCAUCAAGAGCGUCAUUCUUCCACUUCCUCAGAAUGUGAAGGAUUAUUUACUCGACGAUGGAACUCUGGUGGUUUCAGGAAGGGAAGAUCCACCAACACAUUCUCAACCAGACAGUGAUGAUGAGGCAGAAGAAAUACAGUGGUCGGAUGAUGAGAACACGGCUACACUUACGGCACCGGAAUUUCCCGAGUUCACCACGAAAGUCCAAGAAGCUAUCAAUUCCCUGGGGGGCAGUGUAUUUCCUAAGCUUAACUGGAGUGCCCCAAGGGAUGCAUACUGGAUAGCAAUGAACAGUUCUCUGAAAUGUAAAACCCUCAGCGACAUCUUUCUGUUGUUCAAGAGUUCUGAUUUCAUCACUCAUGACUUCACUCAGCCAUUUAUUCAUUGUACUGAUGAUUCUCCAGAUCCUUGUAUAGAAUAUGAGCUUGUUCUUCGAAAAUGGUGUGAAUUAAUUCCUGGGGCUGAGUUCCGAUGUUUUGUAAAGGAAAACAAGCUUAUUGGUAUUUCUCAAAGGGACUAUACACAGUACUAUGAUCAUAUUUCUAAACAAAAGGAAGAGAUUUGCAGAUGCAUACAAGACUUUUUUAAGAAACACAUACAGUACAAAUUCUUGGAUGAAGACUUUGUGUUCGAUAUAUAUAGAGACAGUAGGGGGAAGGUGUGGCUGAUUGAUUUUAAUCCGUUUGGUGAAGUAACUGAUUCACUGCUGUUUACUUGGGAAGAACUGAUAUCUGGAAGAAACUUAAAAGGUGAUUUUAGUGAAGGAGAUGCUCUGGAGCAGGGCUCUACGGUCCUGUUCCACUCAAGUUCCUGGCCUGUCUCCAUCUGCUGGACACCAUCCAUCCCUCACCUAGAUACCUGCCACCCGUGAAGUCCAAACCCAAGGCCUUCCGUCUCUGAAAUCCUUUUUGGCACAAGGCAGCAUGUAAAUUUAAAUGCAAGACUCUAAGCAAGUACAUUGAAGAAUGUGAAGACUUGUUAAAUAUGAUACUCAAAUUUGCAGUUUUCCAUAGGUGCUGAGAGAGAUACACAAAUACGUAAGUUACAUGACUAAGAGAAGCACAAAAGUGUUAGGAAUUCAAAGCCCCUUGCUUGCCCUCACUAUCAACUUUAUUCUCCAGGGCAGUACUUCCCAACUAUGCACCUGUAGAAAAUGAUAAUAUUGAUAAAGCACUCUGACCUGCAUGAGAUUGCUCAAGGCCAGAGAGAACUAGCCGUAGGCCUCAGGCCCAUUCAAGGACUAAGGAACCUAUGACCCAUUUGCAGUGAAUAGUGGCUGGUAGCAUUUAGGGAUUGACCAUAGCUCUCCAUGAGAACAUUGUUUCCAGAUACUGUAUAUUUAUUUUUUAGUGAACAUGUGGAAAUAUUCUUAAAAUCUUGGUGUUUCUUUUACUUCAGAAUCUUUCUUCCUUACAUAGUACAGAAGGGAACAUGAAGUUGAAAUUGUUAUACUAGUAUCUUUUUCACUUUGAAGAAUAGACUUAAGAUAAUUUCUCACAGACUUUCC